AAUCUAGAUCUAUACAGUGUGUUGAAUGUUAGCAAAAAAUUCGAAUAAUAAUUGAGGACCUCUUGAUCUAACCUCAUUAAUCGACGAAAUGUUUACGGCGAAUUACCGGCGGUCAUCAAUGCAAACGUGCGCCGAUUGAUGGCGCCAUAUAUUUGCGCAAGCGCAACCCGCGUCGACGCGCGGCACAUCCAUUUGUCCUCCACGAACAGUCCGUUCGCGAUACGCGUAGCUUUCGCGUCGUUCGCUCGGGAAUCUUCGGCUCUGCCCCUCUCCAUGCGCCGUUUAAACCGCGUGGAGGGGAUGACGCUCUUGUUCGCUGUACGCGCGAGCGAGACAGAUAGAGUGUGUCUGGUGCACGGCGCAGAACGGCAUGAUUCUAUGCUCCGUGUAUGCGCCGCUGUAUCGCCGUACGCGGCGUGUGCGUGACGAACCCGGUGGACAGUAACGACGCUGGCGCGGGGGAGAAACAUGCGUCGCGACCAGUAACAGACAAGAUGGCGGAGUGCCUGGUGCAGUGGUAGUAGAGCGGUGCAUAUCGCACGAGCCGCGUCAACACGGGGGGCUUCGGGUCGUUGGCGAGAGCUUGACAACAGCUGGAACGUAACAUGGAACGUACGCUCUCGGCGACCGCGAAACGCCGCGGUCACCAGCAUCAUCCGCGGCACACCACGCGACGACGUCUCGAUGCCUCCAGCAGAGGACCCGCGCAGUGUGGCCCUGCUGACGCUGCCAGGAACGCUACGUUCAUCGGCGAUGAGACGUCGUCCGCGAGCGUGACCGUCGACGAUCGACUAGCCGCGACGGACCCACGUCCGUCCGUAUCGCGGAUGACACUCGGCACGAGAUGGCCAACGCGGUUCAACGAAAACGAGAACUCGAGAAUCCAGGUUCUUAAGGAAGAUAAAAAAACGGAGGAAGAGGAGAAAGAAGGGGACCAUAGGGACGUCCGACAAAGGCUCGCGCAGUGUAGCCCGGACGUUCCCGCGCUCGGCGAGAAAAAGGACGCUGAGCGCGGAUCUGAGACGCAGGAUCGGACGAACAGAAAGAGGAAAUCUCCCCGAUACAGUCCACGUGGGAAGAACGCUCCCGAUGAUCGUAACGAGAGUGACGAUCCGGAUAGCAAGAGCAACUCGCCCGAGCCCGAGCACGCGGUCGCGAGGGCACGCGGCGACGGGAACUCCGAUGACGAGUCCGCCAACGUCGAGGAGGACCCGGAACUGGCGGAGCUCGCUAAGCUACGUUGCCCCAGCGAGCGCACGGAGGUCCAAGCCGAGAGGGAGGCCCGUAGGCGAAAGAGAUGCGCUGACUAUCCCGGCCUCGCCUUUGGCUGCUCCAUAUUCUCCAGCGACACGAUGAUGAAGUUCAGUCUGAUAAAGAACGAACUCCAGAAUAUCAUGGGCAAUCAGCUGAAGCGGGCUGAAUCUGAAGUCGCCGCCUUGAAUCGCCGUAUCCAACUGUUGGAGGAGGACCUCGAGAGAUCCGAGGAACGUCUUGCCACUGCCACUGCCAAAUUGGCGGAGGCAUCGCAAGCUGCCGAUGAGAGCGAACGGAUACGCAAGGCCCUCGAAAACCGCACCAACAUGGAGGACGACCGAGUAUCCUUGUUGGAGCAGCAGCUAGCACAGGCUAAACUGAUCGCAGAGGAGGCAGAUAAAAAAUACGAGGAGGUUGCCAGGAAACUAGUCAUGAUGGAACAGGAUCUUGAACGCGCCGAAGAGAAGGCCGAACUUUCCGAAUCCAAGAUUGUCGAGCUUGAAGAAGAAUUGCGUGUCGUCGGCAAUAACUUGAAGUCCCUCGAGGUCUCCGAGGAAAAGGCGACGCAACGAGAGGAGACGUUCGAGGGCCAAGUGAAGAUUCUCGAUAGUCAAUUGAAAGAGGCUGAGGCACGUGCCGAGUUCGCGGAGAGAUCCGUGCAGAAACUCCAGAAGGAAGUUGAUAGGCUCGAAGACGUGCUGGUAAACGAGCGCUGUAAAUACAAAGCGAUUGCCGAUGAGAUGGAUCAGACAUUCGCCGACCUCGCCGGAUAUUAGCAGGCAAGCUAAAAUACGUACGGUGAAGAUGGGGAAAGAAAAAAGAGAGAAAAAAAAGAAACGGUUUGUUCACGCUAUGACAAAAAUGACACUGCCAGCACGCAGACCCUUCGCCACACGUCGUCUCGCCCGAUUAGCAUUCCAUAUAUAUUCCCUAGAGGAAAGUCGAGAACGAGGAGAAUAAUAUCGCUGACAUUUAGCAUUAAGCCGAAACAUGCAGUAACUUGACCGUUAAAUUGAGUUUUCCCAAAAAAUGCCGUCACGCGUUUUUAUCUUCCUCGACUCGAUCCUAUCCGUUGAAGCAGGCUCGUCCAGCAUUCUUUUUUGUAAAAUUUUACAUAAAAAUUGCUUCGAGAACGAAACUUUUUUUUUAAAGAUAAAAAUGCAAUAUAAAGAAACUUGCACCGAAAAUUCUUCGGAAACAAAAUACAUAUAACUCUUCCAAUACCUGACACGAAAUUCCUAUUCAAUAAUAAUAAUUUAGUGAUUGAUUCUGUUACCUGCGUCCGUAUCCCUUCACAGCAAGAUGUCUUAUCCUUCAUAUCCAAUAAAUUUCUUAUUUCUAUUAUUUCUAUCGAGAAA